AUGAGAAAGCCCGGAUCUACGGGCGUUACAUUGGCUGUGGAUCAUGAUCCAUUACAUCGUGUGGAAGAUGAAACUCAAUCUGUUAAUGAAGAAGAUGAUGAAGAUCUUAAUGAUGAUGUGGGAUUUUUGAAAGAGAUAGACUUCACCGGGAUUAGUGAUGAUUUCCCUACAAACGUCGAACUUGAACUUGACGAUGACGAGUUUAGUCCAUUUGCGGGGCAUGACAGCGACUGUUUUAAAAAGAUUUCAUCAGGUCAAAGAGAUGUGAAUUCAGAGAUUCCUCCCUCUGUUUCAACUGUCUUUACUUCUUCUCCGCUUGUUGUUGAAUCAUCUCAACCCCAAACCUCCCAGUCUUCCUUGGAAAGAAGUCAAUCAAAUACAAGUAUGGAGGUGCCCAUUGUCAGCCAUGCACCUCAGGUCUUUUCCACUUUUACCACUACUAUUGUUUUCACCCCACCAAUACAAUCAGAUGAAGGUCCUAGCACAAUGUUUGAGACAGGUGGUUCAUCAUCUAUCUCUUCAACCUCUUCCUCUCGUGGCAAAGGUAUAUCUUUUAGAGAAGAGCAUUCAGGUGAUGACAAGUCUACUGUGUCAGAACUUAGGGAAGAGAUUGGCAUUCUCAGGCAGGAACUCAUUGAAAAGAAAACUUUGCUAGAACAAAACACUUCUUAUAUAGAAGAGCUUAAAGAAAAGGAUGAAGAGAAGACAAAACAGAUUAAGGAUCUACAGACAAAUCUUGGCUCUAUGAUGGCUUUCUACUUCAAUUUGAAGAACGUUCUGUAUGAUGCCUUCGGUGAUAAAGUUAAAGCGUUAUUUCAGCAGCCACACGGAAUUGAGGAUCCUCCCAUGACCCCCACACAAUCUACUUCAGGCGACCUUCCAGUUGAUCCACCUCCUCCUAGAACAACUAUAAUUGUCGAUGUAUUUGAAAAGGAACCUGAAAGCAGCAAAGCCCGCAUCAAAAUCAAACAGGGAAAGAGGACUGUCACGGCUAACAAAAGCGAAGGGCUACUCUUCUUGAAAAAUUCAAACGAGAAUCGAAAUGCCAAAGACCCUAUGCUAACAGUGACUAAUCACAAGAAAAGAAAAUUUGGUGAUGAGUUCGGAGAUAGAUCGGGAAUUUGA